GAUGGACAAUAUUUUGCAAUUAAACACCGGAAAAUUUUGUUUGAUAAGCAUGUAAACAGCAUUUUACUUCGUGAUCACUGAGUGUUAAUUAUACCAAUAUGAUUCGAUCACUUCAUUUUCGAUGUUGCUGUCCAGCUAUUACUGCUGUCAUUUUAAAAUAGUAAAUCGUCCCACUGUCAGUUGUAUUUAGCAGUCGUUGUAAAGUUCCGUUCUUCGUAAAUCCUAAAUAAGCAUUUCGAAGAUGAAGUAUUUUGCUUCUAAACGAAAGUCUGUGGAUAUCUUAUCCGACGAUGAGAUCUGGACGGUGCAGGGAAAUUCAACUUUACUGGCAAAAACCAGAGCUUCGGUAGUCCUGCCAGUUCUUACGAAAUUUAAAAAGAAAAAGUCGCCUCGCCGACCAUCAACUGCAGAAGAGCUGGAACAAGCAGCAUCCCGCCGAAAUUGGAUCCUGGGUUUAAUUCUUCUAUCGGCCUACAUUGCGUUAGCCGUAGCGACCAGCCAGCUGACCAACGUGGUCUUCAGGGAUGUUGAUUUUCAAGCGCCAUACUUAUUCACUUUGUUAAAGAUGGCUUGUCGGAUUACCAUGUUCCCGACCUAUUUGGGCAUAACCUUUCUUGUGCGAAUCAUGAAAGGGAAAAAAGUCCAGUUUGCAGAAACCUUACGGCAUUGCGAAUCCAUUUACGGACCGGAUGGUCUGACGGUUAAAAUCCUCUUCCAGAAGCUGCUGCCUUGCACAGUUUCUCUAAUUCUACAUCAGAUAGCGUACACUUUUGGGAUAGCCAAUUUAUCAGCAUCAAUCACAACGUCAUUCUUUGCUCUGGGAGUAGCUAUAGCUUAUAUUCUUUCAUGGUUCGUCCUCAAACAAAAGCUAUUGCUUAUAAAGAUGAUUUUUGUAAUGGUCGCUUUUGGUGGAGUUGCACUGAUCAGUUAUGCCAGCUUUUCGGAAAAUGUUCCAAAUGCAACGCUUGGAGUCAUUAGCACACUAAUUUCGGUUUUGUUGCUCGUAUUUCAUCAAUUUGCAAUCAAGCUCUCGUUUCCUAAAGGGGAUCUGGCUCAAGUCAGUCUCAUGUUGUCCACUGUCACAUUCCUUGUCAGUAUCUUAUUCUGGCCCAUGCCCGUCAUCACUAAAAUAACCGGAAUGGAGGAAUACGACAUUACAGCGAUGCCGUACUGGUACCUUUUACCCGCUUGGUUCAUGUCAGCCGUGAGCUCUGUGGUUUACGGUUACGGAAUCAUUGUCUCAAGCCCGUUUUUCAUGUCCAUCGGCGAACUAGUAAUUUUGGCAGCUAACAGCAUUAUUGAUGGAACGCUGCGAGACUUUGAAAUAUCCAUUGAGCAGAUUAUCGGCACCGUGUUAGUCGGCAUUUCUUUUAUCGUUAUGAUACUGCCCGACCAAAAAGUGUCGAUACGUCUGCGCAAACCGAAACCGGUUUCCACUGAGCCGAGUCUUUUUAUGGAGCCGGUGGAUCUCGAUAUUGAAGCCGAGGAAAAAGAGCAGGAACAAGCGGAAGAAGCCUUAGAAAUCAUUCAUUCUAUGUUGCCUGAUGCAGUGUCCAUUUAUGAAGGAAGUGCUCUGGAAGUGGAACUGCACAACGAGGAAGUGCCCGCUGAAAAGAAUAACGACGAUGAAACACGGUUCUAAUUGAACACACUGCAAUCUCUUCUACGUUACAUAUUUUAUUUGUUAUCGUAACAAAACAAAUUGUUAACUAAGCCAACAAUGAAUGUGAUUCAUUUGCCUGCGAUUGCUGCCACUGGUUGAUACGUAUACAUAACUGUAUACUUUUGCGUUGUUUUGAUUUCCUGUGUUUUUUGUCGUGUGCACGAUGAAUGAAAGCUCCGCUGCUUAAGACGGUUGCCAUUGAUCGUGAAAGUAUGCCGCGAGAAUGUAUAUAUGUUGACAAUGUUGUUGCUGGAAGAGUAAACAGCCGACGUUUUCCGGAUUCGGUGAUGCGGUAACUGGUAAUCCUUAUGCAGCAGCAGCUGCAUGUUAACAUAAUGAUCGAGCAGUUCAAAUUUCGGCACUCGGGUGAUAUUUUGCUACAAGGCAUUCUUUUAGGACCUGUUCAAACGGCUGACUCCUGGCAAAAGAGGAAAUCCGAUCGCAUUAGCAUGUGCAAAAAGUUAACUUUCUGGACAAUAAACAAAAAGCUUCGAUCAAAAGGCGUCUGGAAACGUUCGACCUUAUUCGAAGAUUUGGAAGCAUCUCCCGAUUUUCCGGAAAAAUCUCUUUUGGGUCAGAAAGCAAUCGUGGAACCCAAACGGAGGAGACUGUAAAGGG